UACCGCGUCUGGUCCUACUCGCUCGUGCACCGGGGCCUCCAGCACGUCCUCUUCAACACGGUGAUCCAGUGCAUCUUCGGCAUCCCCAUGGAGAUGGUCCACGGCACGCGGACGCUGUUCCUGACGUACUACAUGGGCGUCACGCUCGGUGCGUUGUUCGCGGCCGCGUGGGUGCCCUACGGGUCGCUCGUGGGCGCGUCGGGCGGCGUCUACUGCCUCAUGGGCGUCCACAUGGGCAACCUCGCCCUGAACUGGCGCCGCAUGCACCGG